AUGAGAAUUGUGCUCGUAGAUACAAACGAACGGCUGGUACAAAAUUGGAGGAAUUUGAUGGGAAAUGUCUCCACUGCAAGACAUUCGGUAUUGGUGAUGAAAGGGCGGCUUAGCAUCCUUUCAGGAAGUCAAAUUAACAAGCCAGCCGCGGUCGUAUCACCUGGAAACUCUUUUGGUUACCUCGGAGGUGGUUUCGACUUGGCGCUGAGAGAAUAUUUCGGAGGGACAAAAUUUGAGCAAUACUUUAGAGAACAAUUGGGAGAUACGUACAGAACUGUAGGUAGCACUAAGGUAGUUCCCUUGAAUAGCUGGGGUCGGGAUGGGUUCGAGUAUAUAGUUUAUGUGCCCACAGUAGUAGCUCCUUCGCGACCAUUGUUCGACGCCGAAAGGCCAAGAGAGACAGGAUUCGAGCCGGUCUUCAACGCUAUGUGGAAUGCUUUGAUUCACGUACCUGCUGGAACUCAAACUCUAGUCAUUCCGGGACUUUGUUCAGGUUAUGCUGGCGUUCCUCUGGAUAUUAGUAGCAAAUCUAUGUGCUUUGCAUUACGUCUAUAUCUCAUCAAGAACACGAUAUCAAAAGAUCUCCAACGUGUUCUUAUUCUGCAGUUUUUAGGCUACAAUUACGCUCCGUUCAUGGACAACGACUGGGAGGAAGAAUGCGAAGCAGUGGGGAUUGACGUGCGCAAACUAAUGAAGUUUGAUGUUGCUAACGAUUCUAUAAAUGAAAUUAUGCCAAUUAUUUAA